AUGACUUCAGAUUUCCUCGGCGGCCACCAUUGUGCUCAGAUGCCAUUGAAGUCAGGCGAGGAUCGCCUUGCUCUUGAGAAGGAGUACUACUGGCCGAAUGGAUCGGAGAUUGUUGUCAACAUGUGGGGGCAGAGCGAUUUCGUUCGCAGCAAGGUCAAGCAGUUUGCGGAAGAAUGGACUCGCUAUGCCAACAUCACCUUCAAAUGGAUGGAGCGCGACGCCCCAGGAGACUCCGACAUCCGCGUCUCUUUUGACCGAGAUGGCUACUGGUCUUACAUCGGCACCAAUUGCCAUAAUGCCGGCCAGGACCAGCCAACCAUGAACUAUGGUGGGAUGACCGACGACAUGAGCGAUCUGGAGUUCAGUACAGCUGUAUGUCAUGAAUUUGGCCACGCUCUUGGCUUCAUUCAUGAACAGGCAUCCCCCGUUGCUAACAUCCAAUGGAACAAACCGGUAGUGUAUGAGUAUUACAAGCGGGUCUACAACUGGGAUCAGAGUGCAGUUGAUUUCAACCUGUUUGCAUCUGCGAAGCAGGAGGAUGUCAUUAACUCGAGAUACGACCGAACAUCUAUCAUGCAAUACUCCUACGAUGCUAGCAUGACCCUCGAUGGCUCUUCUGCACCAUGGAACCGAGUCAUCUCCGACCUUGACAAGGUCUUCGCCAUGCGACUGUACCCUAAGAAUGGUAUUCAGCGUACUACUACAGACGGCGUCUACUUCAUUAACCGUGAGCGCAACGGUUUCGAAGCUUCCGGAAUCGCGUACUACUCGAAGUUCGGUAACAAUGAUGGUCAGCAACCUGACACCUACGUCGAAGUCUCCAAUGGAUCUUUCACUUGGUGGGAAAAUGGUGGAGAAGCCACCUUUAGUGGAAGCGGACAUGUCAUCAAGUGGAACUUGGCUGACGAUGCUGGACGAUCACCACUCUACACCAGAGUUGGUUUUGCGGACAAGGAGGGCGAGAAGUGGAAUGUUUAUCGUGAUGACAACCGUGUCUUGUUUGAGCAUGAUGGGUGGCAAUUCCGCGCCGUGUUCUGGGCCUUUUGA